GAGGCCAAAAGAUGGGUGACCCGCUGCAGGAUCGCACUAGACGGCUGCUGACUGACUACAUAUUGUUCUGCGCACGGGCGCCGAACACCCCUGAGCCACUGCCCACGUCUGUUGAGGCGGCCUUGCUGCGCUCUGUGACUAGUCAGAUCCAACAGGAGCACCAGGAUCUUUUCAACUCCUUCCGCGACUACCAGGGCAACCGCCUGGAGCUGGUGACACAGAUGGCGGAUGAGUUGCUCUCCAAUGACCAAGAGUUCAACUGGGGCCGCCUGGUGAUGCUCCUGGCCUUCGUGGGGACGCUAAUGAACCAAGACAGGACUGUUAAGCGGAGGAGGGAUCAAAGAAACCGUCUCCUACUGGAGCGAGACUGCUAUCUCAUAGUGAGCUUGCUGUACAAUCGACUCACAGGACGGCAUCGCUCCUGGCUGGAGGCUCACGGUGGCUGGGAUGGCUUUUGCCAAUUCUUCAAGAACCCCUUACCACCCGGCUUCUGGAGAAGAUUGCUGAUCCGGGCUAUUCUGUCCUGUUUCUUUGCAACGGCCAUCUUUUAUAUCUGGAAAUGUUUAUAAGUUUUAAAUUUUUAAAUCGAUCUUACCUGCCUAACUGCGGGCCCUCUAAGGGACAAUUCUGGGUAGUUGGAUAAGAACUGAGGAAAUCCUCCUGCCUAGAGACAUUUCUACCUGCAUGCUACACGGAGUUCCGGGUUUGGGAUGGGCCUAAGUAGCUCUUUGCUAAGUGGGGAGAUGGUCUAUAUCACUCCAAAGAACUUCAGAAAAACGCUGCACCCACUCACUAGAUGUGUUGUUGUCUGCAUUUGGCUGCAGGCACAGCAGAGCCACUCCCAUCUGUUGCAGGGUUCUCAGCUGCUGUUAAGUAGCCAGGGGCAGGGCAGGGGGUCCUAAACCCCAGAGCCCAGAGCCCGGAGCAAUGAAGAAUGCAAUAGGAAACCUGAAGGAAUCCUUUGAAACCUAAAUCCUUCCAUGCCUCAUUCCCAGGGCUUCUGAAUUUAUAAUGCUCCCCUUAAUACAGUUUUAAGUAACUUCGAAUUCUUAAUAAAUGUAUACAUUUAAAAAG